CGUGUCCCAAAUCAACGCGGAUGUGUCGAUAGUUAAAAGGGUCUCGCGCAGUCUGAAGGACUGAAGGUGACGCGAUGGACUGGUAAAGCGUUUGAGACGAACGGAAUUAUUGGUGUUAACGAAAGAUAUGUGAAGAAAGUCCAAAACGACAAUUGUCAAUAGCAAAUUAUGCAUUGUAUUCAAAACGGAGAAGAUUAAAUAGCUGAUGUUCUCCUCAAAAUGGAACGGGGCGUGAGACUUAACCUGAGAUAGCACCAAAUAUGGGGACACCAACUUUCGGGAUUUGGAGAUGAGGAACGUUAGAGUGUGAUUUUCUCAUAAGCGUGGGUUUGUGUAUUGCUACAAUAGCAUGGCAAGGCGAACUAGUGUAACGUUAUGUCAACGUCGUAUUGCCUAUCUAAACUAGGCUACACUCGGUGACAGUUCGAGCAUCCCCUUUGAAUCGCUGUCAAACUUAAAGGGAAUUUUAACUCAACUGGAUUUACGGCACCAAAGACGAGGGACGCUCAUCCUCCUUGGCUUGACAUGACAGAAGAGAACAUGACGGCAGUACGAGGAGCUCAUUCACACCCGGCAGGUUCCGCAGGGCCAAAAGACAGCGGGCAGAGCGUACCGGACAGCCCCGCACACUCCAAGCCAAACCCCGCUCCACCGGCGGACUACACAAACGAGCCUGCAUCCUCAACAUAUGACUUGGUUAGCACAUGGAGACAGUUCGCGAAAACUUUUAUGUUAAUUUUCCCUAUAUACGUUCUGGGCUAUUUUGAGUUUAGUUUCAGUUGGCUUUUAAUUGGACUCGCUGUAUUUUUCUUCUGGAGAAGGAACGCAGGAAGCAAAAACUCGAGACUAAGCAGAGCGUUGGCAUUCUUUGACCAAGAGGAGAGAACUUUCAAGCAGAGCCCGGUGUCAUCAGAGCUGCCAUCAUGGGUCCAUUUUCCGGAUGUAGAAAGAGUGGAGUGGUUGAACAAGACGGUGAAACAAAUGUGGCCGUAUAUCUGUCAGUUUGUGGAGAAGCUGUUCCGCGAGACCAUCGAGCCGGCUGUGAAGGGCGCCAACGCGCACCUCAGCACUUUCAACUUCACCAAAAUAGACCUGGGCGACAAGCCUCUGAGGGUCAAUGGGGUUAAGGUUUACACCGAGAAUGUGGACAAGCGCCAAAUCAUCAUGGAUCUCCAGAUCAGUUUUGUUGGGAGCACUGAAAUAGAUGUGGACAUCAAGCGGUACUACUGCAAAGCCGGGAUUAAAAGCAUACAGCUCCACGGUGUGCUGAGAGUGGUCCUGGAGCCCUUGCUGGGGGACAUGCCUCUGGUGGGAGCGCUGUCUCUGUUCUUCAUCAAGAAGCCGCUCCUAGACAUCAGCUGGACGGGCCUCACCAACAUAUUGGACAUUCCUGGACUGAAUGGCUUCUCUGACAACCUGAUCCAGGACAUCAUCUGCAGCUACCUGGUGCUGCCCAACAGGGUGACCGUGCCUCUGGUGGGGGACUUGGAGCUGGCGCAGCUCCGCUUCCCAAUGCCAAAGGGUGUGCUCAGAAUCCACUUCCAGGAAGCGCAGGAUCUGGAGGGGAAGGACAAGUAUCUCGGAGGCCUGAUUAAGGGCAAGUCUGACCCUUAUGGAGUCGUCCAGAUCGGCAACCAGCUCUUUCAGAGCAAGACCAUCAAGCAGUGCCUGCAGCCCAAGUGGAAUGAAGUUUAUGAGGCCCUGGUGUAUGAACACUCUGGCCAGCACCUGGAGAUUGAGCUGUUUGAUGAAGACCCCGAUAAGGACGACUUCCUAGGGAGCCUAAUGAUUGACAUGAGCGAGCUGAGGAAGGAACAGCAGGUGGAUGAGUGGUUUGACCUUGAAGAAGUUUCGACAGGGAAACUUCAUCUGAGGCUGGAGUGGCUCUCCCUUCUCCCUACAGCAGAGAAACUAGAACAGGUGCUGCGCAGCAUCAGGGCAGAUAAGAGUCAGGCCAAUGGCGGCCUCUCUUCCACUCUGCUCGUCGUCUACCUAGACUCUGCCAGGAACCUGCCGAAUGUGUUUGCGGGCAGCUUUGGCUGCGGCAACUUGAACGAGCGGAGAGCCUCAGGCCUCGUCUUUUGCGCAAACUCCUCCUCCCCCUGUAGAUCGUUAUUUUCAGCAAAGAAGACAAGUAGCGACCCCAAUCCUUACGUGCUGUUCACCAUCGGGUCCAAAUCCUACCAGAGCAAGGUACGCUACAAGACUACUGAGCCUCUGUGGGAAGAGGCCUUCACUUUCCUCGUCCACAACCCCUACACACAGGAGCUGGGAGUGGAGGUAAGGGAUGGUAAGCACAAGUGCACUCUGGGCACGCUCAUGGUGCCUCUGAGUGGGCUGCUCGGGGAGGAGGACAUGACGCUGACUCAGCAGUUUCCUCUCAAAAACUCCGGGCCCAGCUGCACCCUCAAGCUCAAGAUGGCUCUUAGGGUGCUCUGUCUGGAGAAGCCGGGCACGUCCGGCCAGCCCUCCUCUGUGCAGGUGAGGCGCACGAGCGACAGCGUCUGCAACCCCACUGGCCCUUCCCCUAAACCGCCGCCCUGUGAGCCCUCUCGGCCGGCCGCCCCCCACCCCCACCGCCCACCCACGUCCGCGUCCGCGUACGCCACGUCCCGGAGCGUCACUCCUCAGCAGCCCAGUGGGGGGGGCAGCCCGGUGCAGACGGGAGGCCAGGGAGACGUGCGGGGCAGCAGCUCCAGCCUGGCCAUCAGCAGCGUCCACAAGCAGCAGGCCCACCGGGAGUCCAUGACCAGCUUGGCCUCCGACACCUCGCUGCCCUCCGCUACGCAGGAGCUCCAGAACAGACUGAGGCAGCUGCAGAACGGCUCGGGUCCCAGUCAGUAUCCCCUGGGUGAGGUGCAGCUCACAGUGAGACACAGCUCUCAGAGGAACAAACUUAUCGUGGUGGUGCACGCUUGCCGCAACCUCAUAGCCUUCACAAAGGAUGGAUCGGACCCCUUCAUCAGGCUGUACCUGCUGCCAGACAAGGGCCGAUCGGGCAGGAGGAAGACCAGCACGCUGAAGAAGACUCUCAACCCCAUAUAUGAUCAAUCAUUUGAGUUCAGUGUGUCUAUCGUGGAACUACACAGGAGGACUCUGGAUGUAGCAGUGAAGAAUGGUGGAGGACUACUCUCCAAAAACAAAGGCCUUCUGGGAAAAGCGCUUGUGGAUUUGACUAGCGAUGAAAUUUCCAAGGGGUGGACACAAUGGUAUGACCUAACGACAGAUGGCUUGGACAAGACGGUCUAACUCUGGAGACACCUGUGGUCCGGCCCCUCCAUUGUCAGGUCUUUCAUCCGUUGAACUGGCCCCUCAUCAUCAGCAUUCAACACUAUGGACCCAUUUUGUUUCUCCUUUUUAUUUCUGUUCUGUUGCGUUGUUUUGAGUGUUUAUUUGAAAAGCAAAUUCAGUGUUAACAUAUCAAGAUAUGUUUUGAUCCAGUGUGUCAACACGUGUUGACUACCAAAGCAGAAGAGCAAAAAUGUUUACUGCCUUGUUUUGUAAGUCUGCCAUUUUUUUCUAUGUAAAUACACGCUGCACCAGUUCUGUUCUCCAUUUGGAGAAUUGCAGGGGUUUGUACUGCUUUCUGUAAAAAAUUAUGCACUAAUUUGAUUAAAGGUUAGACUUGGUUUAUGCAAACAUAUAUUCAGUUCAAGGCCUGAUCUAAAACUUACUUUGGGGCUUUUAAGGCAACAUGUUUUAAAGACAAUCUAAGAAAAAUUGAAGUUUUUUUUUGUUGCAAAUGUUUGUGUAAGAGCAUGCACAUGGGAUGAGAUUGGGUGUGCCUACACUAUCAGUUUGUUUGUUGUGUUAUGCAGUAAUGUAGGAUAUUUCCUCUGGUUUUCAAAAUGCUUUGAGAGGGUCAAGAUACCCAGAAUGCCACUGAGAAUGCCAAGUUAUAUUAAGUUAUGUUGUGUGCUGUGUUUUGUUUGUGCCUUUUUAUGAAAAUGUUUAUAAUUUGAUAAGAAAGUACUUUAUUUUAAAAGUACUUGUAUGCCAAUGUGUAACAUUGUACAACACAGAACGAUGAGUGCUGCAAAGAUUUUUUAUGUAUGACUUAUGUUCCUCUUUCAUUCUUUGUUGCGGCAUUGUACAGAGAUUUAAUCUGUAAAUUAUUACUUCUUAUUCUAAAUAUGGAUUCCCCAUUUGUGGGGAAAUAUCAAUGACUUUGGAGCCAAUGACUUUCAAGAGUAUGGUCAUUUAUUUUAAGCACAUUAAGCAUGACCGGUGUAUUAUUUAAUCAAAUUAACAGACAUCUUUGAGAUUGCUGACUCAGACUCUUGCAUAAUUGCAGUAAUAUUGCUUGAUUGCCUUUUUCUCAUUGUAUGCAUAUUGUUUGUUCUGUUGUUAUCUAUCUCUGUGCCUUAUCAGAGACAGAACCCUCAUGUUAUUUGGAAAUGCACACUUGAGUCUCUGUAGCAUUAAGGAAAGAAUAAAACCCCAAUUUCAAAUUCUUUAA